AUGAGGAAGGAGAGGCUGAGAGGACGAGGCACGAGAAGACGUGAGGACGAGGACCGAGAGGACAAGGAAGGAGAGGUCGAGAGGACGAGGGACGAGAAGACCACAAGGGUACAGAGAACAGGAGAGAGAGAGAGAGAGAGAGAGGACGGAAAGACGACAGGUCGGGAGGACGAGGGCCGAGAGGGCAAGGAAGGAGAGGUCGAGAGGACGAGGACGAAGAGGAUGAGGAAGGAGAGGCUGAGAGGACGAGGUACGAGAAGACGUGAGGAUGAGGAACGAGAAGAAGAGAGUCGAGACAAUGACACGAGAGGACGAGAACGACCGGACGAUCGGGCGAAAAGGAACCAACGGAAGCACGAGGGGACACGAGAGGGAGAGAAGACGAGAACCGAGACGAGGACGAGAAGCGAGAGGACAUGGAAUGAGAGUACGAGGGAACGAGCCGAUGAAAAUAUAUGUGGGAUGAAGAGAUGA